GUCAACAAAACGAAUAGAUCCGUAAAAACAUCCAGAUUCUUAGAGCCUAGAAGUAGGCAUAUUCGGUCGGCCAUUAUUUAACGCGGGCUUGUAUCCAAUCUACUCAUCUUCCCUGAACAACAACCAAAGAGAUUAUCUCCUUCAUUCCUUUUGAACAUUUUCGAAUCGGAGAGUUAUGGCCUUAGCUGUCACUUCUUCUUCAACUGCCAUCUCUGGAUCAAGUUUCUCACGCUCUGGACCUUGUUCUGAUCGUAAAGCUCUUCAAAUCUGUUCGUUUAGGUUAUCUGAUCUAUCCCAUGUCUCUCAAAGACGUUACUCUCUAAAGGCUGAGUCACCACCUACACGCAACGACUCUUUGGUUACCCGUGCUUCGACCCUAAUCACUCCUGGAGUGGAAGAGAAGGAAGAAGACGUUGAGGAUUUCGAGCAACUCGCGAAGAAGCUCGAAGAGGCUUCUCCACUUGAAAUCAUGGACAAAGCUCUCCAGAGAUUCGGAAGCAACAUCGCAAUUGCUUUCAGUGGUGCGGAAGAUGUUGCACUGAUCGAAUACGCUCGGUUAACCGGAAGGCCCUUCAGGGUUUUCAGCUUAGACACAGGGAGGUUAAACCCCGAAACCUACAGGCUCUUCGAUGCCGUGGAGAAGCAGUACGGGAUCCGAAUCGAGUACACGUUCCCUGAUGCGGUCGAGGUUCAAGCUUUGGUGAGGAACAAGGGUUUGUUCUCUUUCUACGAGGACGGUCACCAGGAGUGUUGCCGUGUGAGGAAAGUAAGACCCUUGCGCCGCGCUCUCAAGGGUCUCAAAGCUUGGAUCACUGGACAGAGGAAAGAUCAGUCUCCAGGGACGAGAUCAGAGAUCCCGAUCGUUCAGGUCGAUCCGGUGUUUGAAGGGUUGGAUGGUGGUGUUGGGAGUCUUGUCAAGUGGAAUCCUUUGGCUAAUGUCGAAGGUGGUGAUGUUUGGAACUUCUUGAGGACGAUGGACGUUCCGGUGAAUGCAUUGCACGCGCAAGGGUAUGUUUCUAUUGGGUGUGAGCCGUGCACUAGGCCCGUGCUUCCGGGUCAGCACGAGAGAGAAGGAAGGUGGUGGUGGGAAGAUGCUAAAGCUAAAGAAUGUGGUCUGCACAAAGGGAACAUCAAGAAGGAAGAUGACUCCACCACCGCGGAUUUAGCACCUGCUAUUGUGCAUGAUAUCUUCGAAAGCAGCAAUGUGGUUGCAUUGAGCAGAGGAGGGAUUGAGAAUCUGUUGAAGCUUGGUAACCGCAAAGAGCCGUGGUUGGUUGUGCUUUACGCUCCUUGGUGCCCGUUUUGCCAGGCCAUGGAAGCUUCCUACGUCGAAUUGGCUGAGAAACUGGCGGUCAAAGGGAUUAAGGUGGCCAAGUUUCGGGCUGAUGGUGACCAGAAGGAGUUUGCCAAGCAAGAGCUUCAAUUAGGAAGCUUCCCGACGAUACUUCUCUUCCCGAAAAGCGCUCCGCGGGCAAUUAAGUACCCGUCAGAGCAUAGAGAUGUGGAUUCGCUUAUGUCAUUUGUCAAUCUUCUCCGGUGAGUUGUGAGAUUGGAAAGUUAAACAGUGUGAUGAGGAAUGAAGAAAACUGAGAUGAAGGAUGAUUUCAUCUUCAGAUUGUGGAUCUAAAAGAAUAAGCAAAAGCUAUGUGUUCUAUAUGGUAUUGUAGGGUUUAUAGACUCUUUUUCUGUCUUCUUGUCGUUAAAUGUGUUUUUGUUCUUUCUUUUUUGAGUUUUACUUGAGAAGGAAAAGGAUCCAUGUAAUGGGAUUUUGUUGAUUAUGUUUUUCUAGAUAUGUGAUUUUUCUACAGUU